AUCUCUAUGAUCCGAUUGUUGACUUUGCUUUUUGCUCACGUGUCUGCUCCCCUUCCCCCCCACUCAGCUUUCAGGUGAGCAUGCGCGCGGGUUUCGCUUGCCAUAGCAACCAGGGCUGGAGACGGUAGCAACUGGAAUCCUAACAAUGGCUGGGCUCUCAUUUGAAGAGUGAUCUGCGUAAUUAAUGCAAAUUAAUCAUAAUCUAAGAGUUGUCUGAAUAUUGGAAGUCACCUUCAAUAGAAUGGCAAAAGCAACAACUAUCAAGGAAGCUCUAGCCAAAUGGGAAGAAAAAACUGGUCAGAAGCCAUCGGAGGCCAAGGAAGUGAAACUCUAUGCUCAGAUUCCCCCUAUAGAAAAGAUGGAUGCUUCUCUUUCCACUCUUGUUAACUGCGAAAAACUGUCUUUAUCUACAAACUGCAUUGAAAAAAUUGCCAACUUAAAUGGGCUAAAAAACUUGCGGAUAUUGUCACUGGGAAGGAACAACAUCAAAAAUCUGAAUGGGCUGGAAGCAGUUGGGGAUACAUUAGAGGAGUUGUGGAUCUCAUACAACUUGAUUGAGAAGUUGAAAGGUCUCCAUGUGAUGAAGAAGCUAAAAAUUCUUUACAUGUCCAAUAAUCUGGUGAAAGAUUGGGCAGAGUUUGUGAGGUUGGCAGAGUUGCCACUACUGGAGGACCUGGUGUUUGUAGGCAAUCCACUGGAAGAGAAAUACUCUGCUGAUUCACAGAGUGCCUGGGUUGAGGAGGCAACCAAGCGAGUGCCCAAACUGAAGAAACUCGAUGGUAUCCCAGUUAUAAAACAGGAAGAAGCGGAAGAAGGAGAAAACUAGCACCUUUUCUUUCACAUUAAAUUAUUGAUGUAUCUCCAGCACUAUAUAGGAUGUCAUGCUUUUGUAUAAAUAUGUCUUUAAAGAAAAAUUUAGGCAACAUUUUAACUGAUUCAUCUCCAUGUUCUUCUCACCCAAAGAAUUCUUACUUUUUUUUAAUGAAUUUUUACUUUUUAUUUAAUACCUGGAGGGUUUUUUGCAAGUGUAUGCUUUUUUUAAAGAGCAGAUUUCUAUAAAGCACAUGUUAAAUAGUUUUCUCUAGUCAUUUGAGAAACAGCAGAGGGUUUCUAUAUACUAUGGCUUUUUAAAAUAUCUUUCUUUUAAAGAAAGGAUUUAAAUAAUGGUAUGCUUUAACAUUUAUGAAAUGUCUCUUGUUUUUUUCUCCUGAGUUAAUAUCCAGUAUUAGAUGAAAGAGUGAAGGCAGUUUCUUUGUUCUAAGUGAAGUAUUUCUCUCCUCCUUUGGUUUAAUAUGCUGGCUGAAUUUUCCUUUACAUACUUUGUUUUAAGCAACAUGAAACUCUUAAGCAAAGGUUCUGUGCUGAUUAUAUGUUGCAGAAUGACUGAAGUCCUUUAUUAUUUUGGAAUCUUGAGUAAUCUGAGAAGAGAAAGCAGCUGUCAAAAGAAGUUGAAACAUAGCAGGUUGUUCAAAACUAAGACUCCAUUUUAAUAAUUGAUAAAUGGCAGCUGAAGAAAGAAAGAAAGAAGAGAAAAGCAAUAAUGCUGUAGGAUAUAUAGUGUUCCAAUGCAGUUUAUUUUUUUGAUAAAGAAGACUAUAAGUCUUCUUAUUUUGUCAAAGCCUUCUCCCUCCCUAGAAUUUUUUGCUGUUAUGACUGGACAUUUUAGUCAUUCCUAAAGAUGGAAAGGAGAAAAAUAAAGUGUUACUAUUUUGUUGAAGGUAAAAUAUAAUUUUAUAAGGCUUGCGGCAGUUUUUCUCUGCUCUGAUUUUUUUCUACUUAAAAGUAUUGGCUCUGACAAUCCACUUCUCAGUUAACAGAUGACAGGCAUUCAAAAAAGGGAUGGAACUGCAACAUACUGCGUAGUUAUAUGGGAAUAAAUACUAUGGAACACAGCGGGGCUCCCUUCUAUUUUACACAAAUGCUGAGCCUUUGCCCAGGAAUAUUUAUUCUUUAGCCUUUGGAUUUAUCCUAAUUAUUUAAAUGUGGCAGUUGGUUAAUAUGAUGACCCCUAUGAUUCCAUUCUGUCUCAAAUUUAUGUACGUAUUUAUGAGGCAUUAAGACAGUUAUUACUCUGAAAGAAUUUUGCAGAUCAGAUUUUUUUGAAGAGGAUAGUUCCUUACUAUUUUAGGCUUGGAUACUUCAAAGAGCAAUCCUCCAAGAUAUUUCACAAAGCUUCAUUGAGGUUCAGUGGAAUUGUACUUGCAUAUCCACAGAUUGGAUUUUUUUUUUAAAAAAAAAGAACUUUCAGAUAAUUUGAUUUUUACUUUCAUCCUAUUUAUAUUUAAUCUUAGUUGUUUCUGUGAAUCAAUCCAUGUAGAUGCAUCAUUUUUAACAAAGAUGUUUAUAUGUUAGGUUUAGUGCUUGGCAUUGUUUUUCUAAUAUGUUCUCAUUAGUAUCUUUCUUGUUGUCUUCACAUUAGGCCAGGUGUAGGUAAUCUUUUGUUGGCCAGGAGCCCAGCUGAAUACUGGGGAAGAAGCUGUAAAAUGAAGGGAAUACUUCACAUAAAUGUGCAGAAUUAUGUUCAGGGUUAGAGUAGAGUACUAGAUUUGAAAGGCAGCUAUGAACUGAAUAAACAGAUGUUUUAGGGCUUAUGCUACUGUACAGUUGUCAUCUUUUCUUACUUCAGCAAAUGGGAAAUGAUGCUAUCAGUUUUCAGCAAUUAUGACAAGCUUUAAGACACUUUAGAGCAGGGGUGUCCAAACUUGGUCCCUUUAAGACUUUUGGACUUCAACUCCCAGAGUUCCUCAGCCAGCUUUGCUGGCUGAGGGACUCUGGGAGUUGAAGUCCAAAUGUCUUAAAGGGACCAAGUUUGGACACCCCUGCUUUAGAGCUAUAAAAAAAGACCAGAUUUCACUAUGAUGUCCUUAGAGGUUGCUCAGCUCUGCUUUAGGAAAUAAGUCUGCUUGGAUUCAGUAGAAGUUACUUCUGAGUAAACAUGCAUAUGAUUGCACUGCUCGCAAGUGGGGAAGUUUAUGAACAGAUAAAUGAUUAGAGUUCUUGAUGUAGAACUUUUUUCUUUUUAUCAGUUUAAAGUAAGGCACUGUAUAAGGCAGAGGACUUCAAACUUGGCAGCUUUAGGACUUGUGGACUUCAACUCCCAGAAUUCUCCAGCCAGCAUAGCUAGCUGGAGAAUUCUGGGAGUUGAAGUCCACAAGUCUCAAAGCUGCCAAGUUUGAGGACUCCUGGUAUAAGGCAUUGUGUUCCCAGACCAGUGAUUGUCAUUUAUGUACAUCAUCUUUGCGCCUUAGCAAUUGAUUUUUCUCUUGGUACCUGUGAGGCGGGAGAAACUGGUGAACUAAUUAAGAGUUGUCAUAUCUGGAGUACAGAAAUUGGAGCUGCAAAUAUUGGGGCAGUUGCUGGAUGACAAUAAACAUUCAUAGUAUUGUGUAUCUCUUUCCUGCCAUCCAGGGUUUUGCAGCCUGGAUAACCUUUAACUGGGCAAAAACAGUGCCAUAAACAAAACUCAAAAGUACUUCAAAUGGGCUAAUUUACGAAAUUCAUCCAAAAUCUGAGACCCAUAACUCUUGUGGAAUGGAUAUUUGACAAGUUUUAUAAGACAUUUUAUGACACAAACAUUAUCCUAAAGCACCUUAUGGCAUAAUACAAAAUGUCAUAAAAAAUUUUUAGUUCUGAUGUUUGAUAGUUCAACGUGGCUGUUUUCAAGGCAGAAACAUCUCUGAAUGUAUCCCAGCUUUUCCAGUGAAGGCAGUGCAUUAGAAACCUGUCAUUGUUGAAGACACUGAGAAGUCUGGUAAGGAAAUUUCUCUGACAGGAUGACCACCACAGGCCACGGGUUGCCUAUGGAUUGGUUAUUAUAGUAUGGGUUUAAGAGGCUGGUUCUCUGCAAGGACUUGCUCUUGAAGCAUUUAGUGCUUGGAAUUAAGAUAAAGUCAGGGUUCUUGCUAAUGAAGGGUCAAAGGUCCAGUCACCUCCAGGGGAUCUGGUAGGCAGGCAGCUCUAAAUGCUGAAUUGGUUCUUUUAACCCCAUUCUUGGCAUCCCUCAAAUGGUCAAUGCGUUUGAAGGGGAAAGUCAGCGAAAUGUUUUGGCUAGCAAUUAUUGUGGAAUUUGGUUUGAAUUCAUUUCCCAUUUUCUUUCAUGCUGAUGGUAUAGUUAGUAUGAUAUUAACCAUGCAAGUAAUGUCAUAAUCUUAAUAAUAGAACUCUCAAUACUUUAAAUUACAUUUCUCUUCUUGAAAACAGUUUUUCAGAGAGUUCUGUCAUUUUACCUACUUCUUGUCAUUUGGGAUCCCUCACAUGUAGUCAGUUGUGUGUAAUUGUAUCUGGGAAAUAAGAUGAAAUACAUUUCCUGGCAAGGAAAUAUCUAAAACGAACAAGGCCAGAAACUAGGUAUUAAUCUAUAACUCCAAGACUCCUGGUUCAGAAGCCAGUGUUUCAUUUUCUCUGUUCUUGUCAUGAGAAACAAAAUUGUUACAGUUUUUUUACAAAUACUUCAUAAUACUUUUUUGAAGUGUGAUGGGAUACCUAAGUUUAGAAGGGGGAAAUAGUAAUAUGACAGCACAUCUUUCUUUAGCAAAUAGUAUCUUAGUAAAAAAUUAGUGCCUUUCUUAAAGAAACUUAUUGAUAAGCUGUUAUUGGCACUGGUGUUUCUUUUAGGAGGUUAGAUGGAAAUUCUUUACUAUAUCCAGCAUUGUUAUUAUUAUUAUUAUUAUUGUUGUUGCUUGGAUUCCAGCUAUACUUCUUGUGCCCUUUGUGUCAGCUGAAUUGCUGAUAUAAUCCUAAUAUCACUUACUAUAACAUUUAGAGAAAAUUCAAAAUAAAAAUUUAAAUGGAGGAAAAUGAGGUAUUUGACAAUUGAUUCUUGCAGAAUGAUCAUGGAUGAUCAACAGGCAUAAUUUUUUAAAAGAACAAUUAACAGGCUUUUUCAUAUUAAAUAAAGAAUUAAGAUAUAUUUAUAAGUUUAUUUUUGGUAUGCUUAUAGAAAAAUGUGAUCCUGUGACAAGCAUUGCUUUAGUGAUUAGCUCAAUUUCCUGUUUCAUUCAGCCAGUACUAAUUGUAAUGCUUGCUUGUAUAGAAGUUGGCUCAAUUUUAUAUUUUUUAAAAACAUUGAAUUGCACUGGUGUCUCCAGACCCAUAAACAAACUCAUAGGUUUGCUGCAGUAGGGAAAAGGAGAAGCAAAGGGAAUAUUUUUGGAUUUUAGAUUUUAAAAAUUGUAAGGCUGGCAAGAGCUUGAUGAGAUAGAUGUAUAUUCCAUUUAUAUAUAUUCAGUGUACAACAGAUUAUACGGUGCUGCACUGGACUGCAGUAUAAGAUGUAAUUCAUAAAUAAAAAAGCAGUCAUACUUGUGGAAAAACCUUUUAACAGUACCUAAAUUUCCAAGGAACAGUAUAAUUAGAAGGCUUUCACCAUGAUAAUGUGUACAAGUAUAAUAAAAAUUUUAAUUAAUGAUAAUAUAGCUUCUUUCAGAAGGAAAGUGAGGCUUAAGAGUUGGAAUUUUAAAUGGAAUGAUUUCUCUUUAAAAAUAUGAAUUACAAUGAAAUCUACUACCAAACCAUUUCAGUGCCAUUUCUUCCACAACCUAGAAGCUGCAGGUUACACAAAGGAGCUCCUAGGAGCCUAUGUAAAAAUAGGGUUAGUGAUAGAGAACUUCUGACUGCAGAGUCUUGGCCACGCAUCUUUCCAUUUUAGUCUUCUUGAAGGCUGUUCUUGAAGGCUACACCAAAUCUUGUAGUAAAAGAUGCUUCUAGAGCACGUUAUCUUUAUUUUGCUAAAUGGCAGAUAGAUGGCUCAGCAUGACUUGGAGUGUCCUUUCCAAAUUGCAUAUAGAAAAGUUUCUUUUUUUUAAUAAGAAAGCAACAUUUUCUGUUGUGAAAAGCAGUUGGCGGGAUAAUGAAAUUUUAUUUACUAAGUAAUGUUAGAAGAUGAAAUGGACAUGAGGCGAGCAUUGGGUUGAUAUGGCAUUACAGUAAAAUUGUUCCAAAUAAUGUAUUUCUGACCUUGUUAAAAUGGAUUAGUGUUUGUAGUGCAAAACAGAAAUCCAAUUGCUAAAAUAAGGAGUUUCUUUUUUUAAAAAAAAAUUGCACUUUAAAAUUAUGCACUGGAUGCUGAUGGGAAGUAAUGCAAAUGGUUGUGUUUUGAUAUGUGGGUUAUGCAGAGAAAGCUUCUUGGCAGAGCAACAAAUAAAAAGGGCUUCCUUGUAAUUGCUCUGAGGAGCUGUUAUGGUUUGCCACCUCCCUGGAAAUUAUUUAGCCUAAUAUAUGGAUUAUGGGUGAAAUAAAUAUCCAUAUAAAAACAUGACAUUUGAAUCCUGCUGUCCACACUGGAAAUAGGGUGGCUUAUGUUAACCUUAUUUAAUGGCAUUUUAAUAAAUUUAAUGCAUACUAAUAAAUUGAGAGGUGUCAACUUGCAUUUCAGUCUCUGGCUGCAAACAGACACUACAUUAUUUAUGCAAAGAUGUCAAAGGACAUUUAAAGCAGGCAGCUCUCAUUUGUGGAUCUCUAGUUUUGGUAGAAAUUUAGGUUUCUAAAACAAACUCCAAGUUGGAGAGCAAUUUUCAAGCAAUUACUGUAGCAUGAUAACUUCUUUUUAAAAGUAGAGUAUAAUUUUGUAGCACCAUCAUAUUGUCUGACAUUAUUAUGAAGUUAUUUAGAUCUGUUUUAAGUCAUUUUGUGAAACUUGCUCAUAGUAGUAAUAAAUGUUUUAUACAAAG